AUGUGUGAGUUUGUUUUUUCAUCGUCUUCCUUGAGAGUGCUGAGAUGGGGCUUUGUUAGGCACGAUCGAUGUCUCGGUUUCCAUUUCCUCGGUCUUUUCACUGCGGCAUUCCAUCGAACACCUUGCGUGAUUCUCAACAACCAUCGGAUCACUAGGGCUAGAUUUCCAUGCUCAGCCCUUAGAACCAAUCAAUCACUUCCUGUUCGACCCUUCUCCUCUCUGUCUUUCGAUCCGCUUGCUCUUACCUCUGCUGUUGGGUCUCCUCCCUCGUCUUCUCUUCUUAACUCCAAGUGGAGCCUUGAUCUCCGGCAUAUUUACCUCCUCAAUCUAAUUGCUUGCUCGGCUGCCAUAUCUACAGCAUGGCUAUUCUUCUCAGCAAUUCCAUCCCUUCUGGCUGUCAAGGAGGCAGCAGAGUCACUUGAUAAGUUGCUCAAUGUCACCGCGGAGGAGCUACCAGAUGCCAUGGCUGCAGUGAGAUUGUCUGGGAUGGAGAUUACUGACUUAACUAUGGAGCUCAGUGACUUGGGCCAGGAAAUAACAGAUGCAGUUAGAAGCUCAACCCGAGUUAUUCGUACUGCCGAAGAUAGACUACACUAUUUCACUUCCAUGACACCAACAGUAUCAAUGCAGUUGCAAGAUGACUCUAACAACAGGAUGGACAGUCCAAUUGUGGCUAAAACAGCGAAGAACAUGCGAGAGGGGAUCGCAAAAGGCCGUAUUGUUUUCAGUGUUUUAAUAAAUGUCAUGAAGUUUUCCCGGUGGGCAUUGAACUUCUUUGGUGAUCGACGAAAGAAGAAGCUGUCUGUUUGAAACGUUUUAAUGGUUAUACGUUGAAAGAAUGUUCAUCUACAACCAUGUUACCAGUAAUGUGUGAGAUUGUUAUUUAUUUAUUUCUCUUUAGAAUGUUUUGUUUCUUUGCCAAACAGUGAUUCCAUUAGGUAUGCAUUUGAACAUGAAACAUGAUAACUUGAAUAAUGUACAUUUGUUCAC